AUGGAAAUAGAAGAAUCCACCCCUCCAGCUGCCGAAGAAAGCUUGACGGUUGAAGUUGACCGAUUAGCUAAAGAAACCGUCCGUUCUGCCAUUUCUUGCGGCGCGUCGAGGCAACCUCUUCGCGUCAAAGAUAUACGUGCAACAAUGGCCUCCAUGAAUGUACCCAAGACCCGUGGCCCUUACUUUACAAAAAUGUUGACCACUGCAGAACAACAUCUCAUGGAUGUUUUCGGCAUGCGGCUGGUCCGGAUGCCUCCUGCUGUUGUUGAAAAAGCUGCUUCUUCAACAGCCGGGCCCUCAGGAUCACAACCUAAACGCGGCCGUAAAAAACAACGUACUGAAAAUGAACCAAGCUCAAGUGCUCCUAACCCUUCUCAAAGAAUUGAACAACAGAUUAGAUCAGAACAAGCUAAUGCAAGUCAUCAAUUUGGAACUCUUAUUCAAGGAACUUCACCUGGUGUUGAACGAUAUUAUCCCAACGUCGUCACAUCAGAUAACUUCAUCUUACGAUCAACCCUGGACGAACAGUUUCGUUCUAUCGUCGCUUCUUAUACACCCCCACAAGAAUCAAUUUAUUCUGCAACAGUGGCUAUUGUGAUUGCUCUAAUUGCUUUACGUUCAGAUCACUUAAAUAAAUCGGACCUCGAUGCCUACCUAAAUGAAAUUGGCUCCCCAUUUGAAGAAGAUCUCGGCGAGGAAUCACACUUUAUUUCUCCCUUUUCUUCUUGGGACGAAGCGAUAAGAAAGUUUCAAGCAGACAUGUAUAUUGAGCGUGAUAUGAAAACUGUAAUUGAUGCUUCUGGAAAUACCCUAGAGUUUGUUACAUAUUCACUUGGCAAACGCGCAAAGCGUGAGUUUACUAUCGAAACUAUCCUGAAAAUGUGUGAAGCAUUUUUACCAGAUACUUUUGAAAGCAAAAAAAAGCAAAUCCUCACUCAGCUUAAACGAACAGAUCUUAUAACUGAAAGCGAUAUUCUAAAAACUUGGUAA